AAAGUUUGUAACAACUAAUUUUUUAUGUAAAAUGUAAAUAAGAAACAAAUAAAAUUCAUGUACUUGUAAUCGCAUACAACGCCAAAAAUAGCUUGUUGGUUGGAAAAAUAAAUCGCACCAUCAAUUAAUUCAAGUUUAAACUCAAAAAUGGCUCAUUUGCCUUUGACCAAGAAUAUGUUAUCAUCCGUCAAAGUAUUUAAUAAACCUUUUGUAAAUUUGGUGAAUACAAGACAUUUAAUGUCUAAACAGCUUGUUUAUAAUGAAUUUGGAGACCCCUUAAAAGUAGUAAAGUUCAAAGAAUGCCAGGUGCCGCCUCUUGGACCUCAAGAUGUAUUGGUGCGAAUGUUGGCUGCACCGAUAAAUCCCGCUGAUAUUAACACCAUUCAAGGAAAAUAUCCCGUGAAAGUGAAUCUUCCAAGUAUUCCUGGUAAUGAAGGUGUAGGAAUUGUAGAGGAGGUUGGUAAAGAAGUUAGAGAAAUAACCGCUGGCAAUAAAGUAAUUUUGACAAAAUCAGUUCAAGGAACAUGGAGGGAUAUUGCUUUAUUUAAGGAGAAUGUUUUGAAAGUUGUUCCUGAUGAAUUAGGGAUAGUUGAAGCUGCAACUCUAACAGUAAACCCAUGUACUGCUUAUAGAAUGUUAAUGGAUUUUCAACCUGUCAAAGAUGGUCAUGUGGUUAUACAAAAUGGAGCAAAUAGUGCCUGUGGACAAAAUGUCAUACAAAUUUGCAAAGCCUGGGGUGUGAAGAACAUAAACAUAGUCAGAAAUAGACCUGAAAUAGAGGAGUUGAAAAAUUAUUUACAAUGCUUGGGAGCUACUUAUGUACUCACAGAGGACGAAUUGCGAUCUACAAAUAUAUUCAAGGACAAAUUGAUUGAAAAACCAACCUUGGCCCUGAAUUGUGUAGGAGGUAAAAGUUCACUUGAAAUAUUGAGACAUUUACAGCAUUCAGGAAAAAUGGUGACAUAUGGUGGAAUGUCAAGAGAACCAGUUAGUAUUCCAACUUCUGCUUUUAUUUUUAAGAAUUUGUCUUUCUAUGGUUUUUGGAUGACUGCAUGGAGUGAAAAGGCUACUCCAGUUGAAAAAAAUAAUAUGAUGAAUGAUAUCAUAUCAAUGAUGACUUGUGAUAAUAUCAAAGGGCCUAUACAUAAAAUGGUAAAACUAGAAGACUAUCAAGAAGCUAUAGGAAAUGCUCUUUCUCCACAGGGCUUCACUGGUUGUAAAGGAUGUUGUCUACCCUCAUUACCCCAUGUUCCUGGAGAUGAAGGAGUUGGCGAAGUUGUUGAGAUCGGUAGAAAUGUCUGUGCUGUGAAGCCAGGACGCAGAGUUGUUGUAACUUCUAGGUUUCUAGGAACAUGGAGAUAUUAUGGAACAUUUCAUGAAAGAGACAUACACAUUAUAUCUCCACUUAUACCUCUACCUGAAGCUUCAAUGAUAACGUUUGCUCCAUGUGAAGCUUACAGAAUGAUUAAGGAUUUUCGACAUAUAUCACCGGGAGAAACUAUCAUUCAAAAUGCUGCUAAUAGUCCCUGCGGACAGUACAUUAUACAGCUUUGUAAAGUUUGGGGUAUUAAUACAAUUAACAUCGUUGCAAAUCGUUGUGGGUAUAAGGAGAUGAAACAACAUUUAUUAAAUCUCGGCGCGACAGCUGUGUACACAUUGGAAGAAGCUGAAGAGUUGACAACCUUUGAUACAUCAGUAACGCGACCCGUCUUAGCAUUAAAUUGCUUGGGUGGUAGAUACGAAGAUGUUUUGUUAAAUAUACUGGAUAGAUUUGGAGCUAUAGUUUAUUAUGGUUGCGCAUAUGAUUUACCGAUGUUAAAGCAAGGUUGGCGUUGUGAUGUAUCAUUUUACAGAUUCCGAUUAUGCGAUUGGAAUGCUUACGCAACAAGUAUUGAAAGAAGUACUAUGUUGAAUGAAAUAAUACAAUUAACAGCUAUUAGAAGAUUAAAAUCACCCUCAUAUGAACCCGUUCAACUUUGUGAUUAUGUUCGUGCUUUUUCAAAUACUUGUCAUUGCGAAGCAUUUUCAAAUAUAAACUAUGUUUUUGAUUUU